CCGCGUCGCGAACCGUUACCAUGGAUACCGCAGACACGACAACAAAGUCCUUGCACACAAAUUCCACUAGCGAUAGUAUGAGGCACAGCACCGAUACGGAGCCACGCCAUCGCCAAAGUAUAGGUGGAGCCAGUUCAACCCCCCACGACGCAUGGCGAGCGGCUAGUGCACAGAGAGAAAAUCUGAGUGUACUUGAAGAGGAUAUGUAUAUGACAGACGGCACUGUCUCACGAGUGCCCAUAGGACUGCAACUCAUGGGUAAACCUGUCGAGGUGCAGUGGAAGAACUUUCACCUGCGCCCCAGUGUGAACAAGGACGCUCUCACAUCACGUCAAGAGUAUGUAUAA